AAUUUAGAUAUGCGCUGACGUGUACGACGCUGCACGAACAGAUGCUAGCUUCAUUUGUGGUAGAUGAUCGAACUGAACAGAGUGCCGUCGUUAAUUAAGAUUCGUGUGGAUACGAAUGAAUCGAUGUUCCAUUCCAGGAGAAAGGUAGCCGUCCAGGUGAGAGGGGGCGGCACAGCAGGGUACCUAGGAUCUGAUCCAAGUGGUGGCGGAAUAAACAACAGUGCCGGCACUUCCACGGAAGCGAUCGACAUCCCUUCCAGCUGCUAAUUAACUGCGCCGGCGCUAAUGAGUGGUACGGUGCAGCAAAUUAUUCUACUAUGCGCGGGUUGUUCGAUCGAUGCAUCGUUCUAAACGUAACUGUCAGCGGUGCAGCUCGUAGUUAGUUAUCCUCUCAGCACCAAAUUAAGCUAACCUAUGCACAUCAAAAAGGAGACAUUUGGCGACACUCGGUUCCUUUUCUGUUGGUUCACAAAUUAUACAAAUUAAGGCAGCACACACAAAACGACGGCGUACGUACGUACUAUGUGGGUGGUUCCUAAGAUAGGACAAGGUCCCAAUUAAACUGUUGGCCAGAAGGGAGACUUAAUUACAAGCAAUAUAAGAGUCGAUCGUCCAGCCUUGUGAACUCUAAUUAAAGACAGAACUUUGCGUAAACGAACUCAGGCGGUAAUUAAGCUGGUCCUCAUCCCACUCCCCCGGCCUUUCGGCAUACGCAGCUCCUCCUAGAUAACCCAAAUUAAACCGUGCACACAUACGUACGGCCGCGCCAUGUGAUCUCCGAACUAUAGCUACACAUGUGCUUCCUUCUCAUUGGUAUAUAAAUAAACAAACACGGGCACUACGUUCCCAGUGCCUGAUGAUUGAACGGGUCGUACCGUCAAAUUUGUUGCGAGUCCGCGAAAGCCCAGUCCAGCUCGUAGCAUGCCGCAUGCGCUAAAACAACUGAGAACGAGAACAAAACCGUAUGCGACGACGACUUCCGCGGGACGCACAAGCGAGUCAGUGGUUCGUUCCAUGCCCAUGCCCAGGGUCAAUGCGCGUGGGGCCCGACCCACCGACCACGAUCUCGUCCCCGCCACACACAACGGCGUCGUCCUCCUUUUUAUUUUCCUCUUCCCCCCGGCGAGCAGCAAAAAAUCGGCCCCCGCCUUUUUUGGCCCGGUGCUCGCGAGCACGCGACCUUUAUAAACGCGCGAGCCCCGCCUCCUCCGAAUCAGAACCGCGCGCCCCAUUGGCUGGCGCACGCACGACCGGUCGGUCGCCCGCCCGCUCCCCGCUUCCUUGGCGAAGCCGCUGCCUCGCUCCCGGUUUUCCCACGCGCGGCUUCAAGCUCCUCGGUGCAGUUCGCAGCGGGCGGCCGGGCGGGACAGCACGACACUCCACAUAGACACACACACACACACAGAGAUUGCAGCUCGGCACGUUGGAAGAGGGCAGGGAUGGAGCCGGUGGGCGGGGACGGCGGUGGCGGCCGCGGCCGCGGCCGCGGGAGGAGCUGGAAGGGGAAGGGCGUGAGCUCGGGCUCCGCCGCGGGGAGGCAGCUGGCGCCAGUUUUAGAAGACGCGCCGGCGGCCGCAUUGCUCCGGCCCCUGAAGAAGAUCCGCAGCCCGGACCGCCGCCUCAACCGCUCCCUGUCCUCGCUCUCGCCGGCUCCUCCUUCCCCUGACUCGUCCUCUGCUUUCAACCCCACGCCGCUGCCAUCGGCCCGACAAAUAUUUCUUGCUCCGGAGGCGUCGACAGCCGGAUCGCCACGGCUCCUGCCGCUACUGCAGUACUCCAGCGAGUUCCAGCGCCCUAUGACGCCGCCGCCGCCGGAUCAGCAGCAGCUCCAGCAGAUGAUCUCGUUCGGAAGCAGCCAGCAGCCGCGCCAAGAGUUCGUGGCGGCGGCGGCGGCGACUCCUCUGUUCCCGCCGCAGCUCGUGGCGCCGGAGGUGCAGCAGCAAAUGCUGCUGCGCUACUGGAGCGAGGCGCUGAACCUGAGCCCCCGCGGGUUCCGCGGCGGGGCCGUGCCACUGCCGCCGGCGCGGCUGUACCAGCAGCUGCUGCUGCGCGCGUCGUCGGGGCCGCCCAAGCUCUACCGCGGCGUGCGGCAGCGCCACUGGGGGAAGUGGGUGGCGGAGAUCCGCCUCCCGCGGAACCGCACGCGCCUGUGGCUCGGCACCUUCGACACGGCCGAGGACGCGGCCAUGGCGUACGACCGCGAGGCAUUCAAGCUCCGCGGCGACAACGCCAGGCUCAACUUCCCCGACCUGUUCCUCGGCAAGGGCCGCGUCGGCGGGAGCGGACGCACCAGCGCGGCGGCCUCGUGCUCCUCGUCUGCUCCGCCGACGCCGGACGACAGCCACAUGAAGCAAGCUGCUCAGCAGCAGCAGCGUGUGCGUGACGGUGAGCAGCCGUGCAGCGGCGAAGCGAAGCCUCUGCUCCCGGAAACGGAAACAGAGCGGGCAGACAACUCGGAACCCAAACCGAAUCCUGAGCUCCAGUCGGCCGAUCACCAAGGCGACGGCACCACGGCCAUGUUUCAGCCUUCGGGCGGCGUGUGGGGUCCGGCCGACGAGGCGUGGUUCAGCGCCUGGGGCCCUGGCAGCUCCGUGUGGGACUACGACAUGGACAACGCCCACGGCCUCUUCCUCCAGUCUCGCUUCGCCAGUGAGGCGACCAGCAUGGACUACGUGCCCAGCACGCCGGAAGUCCCGGCAGUAGGGACCGCCGUGGCCUCCCUUUCUCCUCCUCCUCCUCCUCCCCGCAGUCCAACCUACAUGAAGGAGAAGGACUGAGCAUCGCACACGAUCUUCACGAGCAGGAAGUAUCCAGGAUGCGCACAGGUUGCAGGUUUUAAGAGUCAGCAUGUGGGCAUCUCGCAUUAGGAUCACCAUUCACAAAGCAGGAGCACCUUAAGGAGUAAGGACCAUCAUUUUAUCUGGACCUUUCCCUCUGACCGCUUUCUUCUCCUGAUAAUUAAAAACGCCAUAAGGAAUCCCCAGCUGGUUUUCUGAGUCUGGGACAAGGAUGGGCUCUAUUUCAACCCCCCAUCCUUGCUGAUAUUUCCAUGACAAUUUCAUGGUUCCAACAUGAUCUUUAGGUAUUCCUAGCAUGUUUCCUUGCCGCAUGGUUUGUAGCGGCAUGGCAUGCAUGAAGUAGCGUUCUGUCUCUAGGGAUCCCUAAAGGCUUGGGAGAGGAGACGGGUUUUAUGCUCUCCUCUGCUCUCUUCUUUAGUUGUGGUUUUAUGUUUUGUCCACGUAUACUGCGUUGUACUAGUACUAUGGUACAAUGAGCGUCAAUGUGUUCCUAUGUU